GGUAUCGCACCAAAUUUACAAUUAAUACCUUUGGUCUGGUUUCACUUGACCUUCAUAAAUUUUCUUCCUAUUCUGAGUCCUAACGGAACGGUACCAGUCUCAUUAUGCCAGUGCAGUGCAGAAUAAGUACAAGUGCAACUGCUACAUACAACUAGGCUUACAAAAACGGAAGAAAAACUAAAAUAAUCGGGUAGCAAGAAAUGUACGAAAUUGUGAUGAUGGAUACUGGACUUGGUCAAUUGUACGUGGACAGUCUGAAUGUCAACGAUACACAGCAACUACUGUGCAACCUAAAACAAAUGAAGAAUGUUGUGAUUGGCAGUAACAGACAGAAGGCCAACCUGAUGCUGUGUGGUGCUGUGCCCAGAUUACUGAACAUUAUUACAAGUGAAAAGUCCCCCGCAGUGCUAGUGGAAUGUGCCAUUAUUCUUGGAAGCUUCGCUAAAGGGUCAGAGGUCACAAGAAGAAAGCUUCUGGAGGAAGGGGUCCUGUCCAUUAUGUUACAAGGAUUAGCACACGGCGAGUUGAAGUUUGUCGAAGCCUGUCUGCGUUUCUUGAGAACCAUGAUGACAAGCCCCUCAGCCCCGACGGAAAUACUUCACCAGGACAGCACCAUCAUACCACACAUGAUACAGCUGCUACCACAAUCCAAAUGCACCCAAGAAUGUAUAGCCAGCAUACUAGCAACAUGUUGUAAGAAUUCCGAGCAUCAAGAGACGUUAUGCAGGCAUGGAGCCAUCAGUGCACUGGCCCCUCUACUAGACAUCAACGAAGAUAGGAUUCAGUUGCCAACACUACGCUGCUAUGCUGCCCUGGCUUACCAGAACAGGAACGUCUCAUCUGCAAUAGCCUCCACAAUGCAUAAUGGAGAGAGCUUACUUCAAAUCUUCUGUCGACUUCUGAACAGAAACCAUUCAGUUGCCAUGCAGCUGACUGCAGCUAAGUGCCUUUCCUAUCUGUGCAGAGCUGGGGCUGUGGCAGUUGACGACCCUAUCAUACAAUUCAGGGUUCUCCCUUGCCUGGUCAGAAUGUGCAAGAAGGAUCGCUCUGUGGAGGAGAAAGUGGAAGGGGCGGAGACUCUGGCCUUCUUAAUAGAGGAGGAUAUUGAUCUGCAGCGAGUGGCCAGCAUCACGGAUCAUCUCAUCAUGACGCUAGCGGCGUUCUUGAGGUACAUACCAGAAGCAACCAAUAAGAAUGAGGAUUUAAGUACAGAAAUGAAACAGGCCGCCUUCAAAGUCUUCGCAUCUCUGGGAGCCAACGAGGAAGACAUUAGGAAAAAGAUUAUCGACACACAGAGCCUGAUGGAUCAAAUAGAGAUAUGUCUGUCGGAAACCAACCCCAAGGUCCAGCUCUCUGCUGUAAGAUGUCUUCACAGCUUAUCAAGAUCUGUACAGCAACUACGAACAAGUUUUCAAGACCACGCUGUCUGGAAACCUCUUAUGAAGUUGUUAAGAUUGGGCCAACCAGACGAGCUAAUGACGAUAGCAUCUUCAACACUCUGUAAUCUCCUGCUGGAGUUCUCGCCCAGUAAAGAGCCAAUUGUUGAUGCCGGGGCAGUCGAGCUACUGUGCAAGCUGACCGCCAGCCAGAACACACCGCUACGUCUGAACGGCAUAUGGGGCCUGAUGAACAUGGCCUUCCAAGCCGAACAGAAGAUCAAGAACAGCAUCCUGACAUCGCUGGGAACCGAUCAACUCUUUGACUUGCUGACAGACUCCAACGUUGACAUCCUGAUGAAGACUCUGGGGUUGCUGAGGAAUCUACUAUCCACAAAACAGCAUAUCGACAGCAUAAUGAUGUCACACAACAAGCAAAUCAUGACGGCGGUCAUCAUGAUUCUGGAGGGUGACCAUCCGCCUGAUGUCAAAGAACAGACUUUGUGCAUACUUGCCAACAUUGCGGACGGACAUUCAGCUAAAGACUACAUCAUGUCCAAUGAAGAUAUUCUGAAAAAGCUGACGUACUAUAUGAGGAUAGAGCAUGUGAAGCUGCAGAUCGCCGCAGUCUACUGCAUCAACAACCUGGUGUGGACAGAGGAAGACGGAGCCACCGAGAGACAAGCUAAACUCAAAGAAUACGGAAUUCAGAAGCACCUUCAGGCGUUGCUGGAUUCUAGCGACACGGUGCUCUUUGACAAAGUCAAGACAGCACUGCAGCAGUUCUCAUCUUGAAGGCCGGGAACAAGACUUGGCUGGAACUGUAUCUGAUCCCUGGCAGACAUUUUGGCAUUGGAUAAUGGAAUAUCGGUGGUGCAACUUUCAGUGGUUUUCAUCGCGGAGCAAGUUCGAUCGAGCACAAUCAGUUAAUCGAUGGCUAAUUCUUGACAUAACCUACACCUUUGUGCUUUGGGGGUGAAAGGGAAUAUACAACAUUUGCAAACAUCAAAAAACAAAACUAUAACAUAUUAUGAAAUACCUUUACUGGACUGUUAGUGAACGACAGUCUAA